UGGGCGGGGCUGGGUGCCAGAGCGCGGGAGACAGCGCGGUGGGUACCCGGCUGCUCCGCCGUUGUCCGGUGAGGCCAGGGUGCUCCGCAUCUGCAGAUCCCUCUCUGGGGACACAGUUUUUGACCCCCCCUCUCAGCUCCGGAGACGCGGUUCCCGCAGUCGGGUAGCUGGGGGAUUGUGUUUAGUACUUGUCACCGUUCCGAACUGGGCGUCCCAGACUCCGAAUCCUUGACCUGAUGACCCUCAAUGAUGUGGCUGGGGACUUCAGGAAAGAAUGGAAACUACUUAGAGAAUCCUCUUCAGGGAUACGACCCAGCGCCGUUAGAAGAAUGGGCUCUCAAAGGGAUUUCUAGACCAAGUGUCCUCUCCCACCUGGAACAGAAAGACGAGCCAUGGCUCCUACCACUCCAACAUUUUGAGGCAAGGGAGAUCCUAAAGGAAAGUCACUCAGACUUGGAGAAUCAGCUGGAAAAACUCCAUCAGGAUGUUUCUGAAACAGCAGGACAAAGCAGAACAUCCUCAGAAGGGGCCAAUAAAGAUGUUUAUCAGACUCCUAGCUGGGGAGGAAGCUGGGAGAGGGGCCUUGAACUAGAACCUGGAACCCUUCCAGGGGAGGGCCAUCGGGACAAGGAUUUAAACAAGCUCCUGGAGGGAUACGCAGGAAAGAAGCCUGUGUGUGCAGAAUGUGGGAAAACCUUUAACCAGAGCUCCUAUCUCAUUAGACACCUAAGAACCCACACCGGCGAGAGGCCUUAUAAAUGCACCGAGUGUGGGAAAGGCUUCAAGCAGAGUUCAGACCUCGUCACCCACCGCAGAACACACACAGGGGAGAAACCCUACCAGUGCAGUGGGUGUGAGAAAAAAUUCGGCGACAGCUCAACACUCAUCAAACAUCAGAGGACCCACACGGGCGAGAGGCCCUAUGAGUGCCCAGAGUGUGGGAAGACUUUUGGGCGGAAGCCACACCUCAUCAUGCACCAAAGAACCCACACCGGAGAGAAGCCCUACACGUGCCUCAAAUGUCACAAAAGCUUCAGCCGAAGCUCCAAUUUCAUCACCCACCAGAGGACGCACACAGGAGUGAGGCCUUACCGGUGUGAUGACUGCGGGGAGAGUUUCAGCCAGAGCUCGGAUCUGAUCAAGCACCAGCGAACCCACACGGGGGAGCGGCCCUUUAAAUGCCCCGAGUGCGGGAAGGGCUUCACGGACAGUUCCCAUUUCGUUGCGCACAUGAGCACGCACUCGGGAGAGAGGCCAUUCAGCUGCCCCUCCUGCCCCAAGAGCUUCAGCCAGAGCUCCCAUCUGGUCACGCACCAGAGGACCCACACCGGCGAGCGGCCUUUUAAGUGCGACAGCUGCGGCAAAGGGUUCGCCGACAGCUCUGCCCUCGUUAAGCACCAGCGGAUCCACACGGGCGAGAGACCCUACAGGUGUGGCGAGUGCGGGAAGAGCUUCAAUCAGAGCUCCCACUUCGUGACCCAUCAGCGGAUCCACUUAGGAGAGAGACCGUAUCCGUGCCCCGAGUGUGGCAAAACCUUCAAUCAGCGUUCCCACUUCCUGACACACCAGAGGACGCACACAGGAGAAAAACCUUUCCACUGUAGUAAAUGUGACAAGAGCUUCCGUCAGAAAGCACACCUUUUAUGCCAUCAAAACACUCAUUUGAUUUAAUAGGAAAUAAUCUUUAGUGGUUUUGCUGCUCCCUUCCAAAAAUUUAAAAUAUAUAUAUAUUUCUAUUGACUUCAGAGAGAAAGGGAGAGGAAGCAGAGAGAGAGAGAGAGAGAGAGAGAGAGAGAGAGAGAGAGAAACAUCAAUGAUCAGAGAAUCAUUGAUUGGCUGCCUCCUGCAUGCCCCCAACUGGGGAUCGAGCCUGCAACCCAGGCAUGCGCCCUUGACUGGAAUUGAACCUGGGACCCUUCAGUCCCAGGCAGACGCUCUAUCCAUUGAGCCAAACCGGCCAGGGCCAAAUUUUUAUCUUUAAGUACCCCAAUAGAGAAAACUAUCUUCAAGUACCCCAACUAGGAACCUGGGCACCAGUGGUUCAAGCUGGGCCCUAAUCUGUUCCCUCUCUUUCUUUCUUUUUUUUUUUUCAUGUUUUAAUGGUAAGGAUAAACCUAUAGGAUCCAAACAAUGUUUGAACACAAAAGGCAUUCCUUCAAUGUUUUUGAUGGAUUCUUAGGGAAAUAUAAAUUGAAUGGUUGAUGCCUGGUUACUAUAAGAGAAGUGAAAUAAAUGUGACCUAAAGGUCUCCUGUAAGCAGUGCCUGGCACAAAAUAGGCUCCUAGUAACAAAAUGGUCACGUUAUCAUAAAAAUGAGGAAUACUUGAGAUCUUAUAUAAAGCCCUCAAUAUUGUGCCUGCCCCUUAAAAGACACUCCAUGCCAAGCUGGCUGCUUAUAUCAGCCUUAUUACACAGUAAGACAUUUAUUAGGGCAGCCCUGCGAGCUGAGGACUUGCAAGCAAUUAGGUUGGCAUUAGAUUUGGGGUGUGAGCGCCCAGACUUCAUAAAACAGAAAACACUGUCCCAAGCCAGUGCUGUGCAGGCAUUAGUCACCAGAUGUCUCAUUGCCAUGACGAGGCAGAAUUAGUCUUAGAGGAUGUUUGCGGUCUUGUGACUAAGAGGCCGAAAGAAUUUCUGAAGCUUUCGGUACAGCAGCAGUGCCUGACUGAGGUGCUCCCAUUGGCGGUUUGCUGCCAUCCGAGGCACAGAAAGAUCCAGGGACAAGCCAGCCAGAGGGACCUGGAAGAGGACCGUCACGUUGUGGAAACAAGAUUCCUGAGACGACUGGGCAACGCUACAGGGACCCUCCCCGGCAUCCAGCUGCAGGAAACGGCUCCUGUUUUCAAAUCCGCUGGCUCCUUUGCCUCUUAGUUUUAAGUUACUGCAACUCUCUGACCUUCUCAGGGUCAUUCAUGUUACACACUGGUCCAGUCCUGUAUUUAAUUGGAACGCACUGAGGAAAGGCAGUGUUGGCAAGAACGCUGACUUCGCUGAGAAGGUGAGCAGUUUGAGUCCUGGCCCUGACACUUAACCUUGGCCAGACUUCUGCCUUUGGUCAGGCCCUACCUUCCCUACCUCACAAGGUGGUUGUGAGAGCUUGCACGCACGCACGCACGCACGCACGCGAGCACUUUGUUGUUAAACCAUAAAGUGUAAUAUCCCUA